AUGUCUAGUAUGCAGAUACCUGCAAACAGCGUCUGGAGUUCGAUGAACUACACACCUCCACGCGGAUCAUGUAACCACAAGAACGGCAUGAUUUCCAACAAAUGUCCUUGCCUUCGAUUCAUGCUGCAUCCAGUCAAGGCCGCUACCUCAUUCGAGUGCGACGGCUGCGGCCACCAUGCUUCCUACCACAACCUGGACAAUCCUUCUGAAGACGCCAUCCUAGCGAAAUGGUCUGCACAGGAGAGAACAGCAUCAAAUCAGCAGCCACCAACCACCUCAUCACGGAACAAACGCAAGCGCAUCACGUCUCAGGCUCACGAUGAUGCUCAGUCCACAAUAACCAUCGCGGAUGAAGCCCCGGAAGUCACUGCAGCCUUUUCAUCUCUCUUCAACACCAGAAACGCCAACCAAAGAUGA